GCUCCUACGCCUUCUCGCCCUGUUCCCCUCUCCGCCCCUCCCCGUAUCUGCCUCUGCCCUCGUCCUCCCCCCUUCUCUUCCUCUUCCUUUCUGUAGUCCGGCCCUCUUCUCCUCGACCUUAUGCAGCUAUCCCGAUAUCUGCCUCGUCGCAAGUACGCCUGCUCACGUGCAUCUUCUCCGCAGACUCAGCCCGCUACCGCAAGCCAUGAUGCUCGGGAUGUCGAUCGUUCGAGUGCUCUCCUAAAUGGUGCUUCCCUAGAAGUCGAGAAUAAACAGAUCACAGACAUCGUUGACGAGCUAGUCAACUCGGCCGAGGUCAGUGUGAGCGGCGGUUCGGAUACGGAAACAUCCAAGGCAGACCCUUCGAAGCACUUUGACGACAAGAGCCAUGUACGAAACUCCUCUGCUGUCAAGAGGCCCCAGAGCUUCAAGUCCGUUUCUGUGAAUCGCACCUUUUUGGCCUCCAAGGCCGCCACGAGUUCUACUUUGCGAACCGACUCUUCCGCUGGCUCUACUUCCGCCAUGUCGCAAUCUACCCCUAGUAACUCCGCCUCGCGCCUCAAGUUGGUUGCCAAAUCCGGUAGUAGUUUAGGUGGCUCUACCAAGACCCUGAGCACCAACGGCAAGCCUGCAACUGCCCCCGACCCGAAUACAGUAUGGAAUCGCAAUAGACCUGUCACCCAACCUGAACAGAAGAAACUAUCCGACGAGGAGUUAAUGCACAAGUAUGGAAUACAUAUGGCAGGCCGUCUGGGUCCGGAAGACACCAAAGGCCAGUCGAACUGGGCAGAUAUCGACGACGACGAGGAGUGGGCACCAGAGACCAUAACAUGGACCGAUGGCACUAAAAUUACCCUACCGCAAGCCGACGAAAGUAGCUCAAAUCCCACCCCGCCGCACGCUGCUCUGAGCAAAGAAGCGUCGCCCGCUCCGCCUAAGUCGAAGUCGCCCGCGCCGACGGCGAGCGCAACCGCGUCCCCUCCUGUCAAGCCGGGCACCCUCGCUUCGGCGAAGAGCCUCGUACUCAAAGGUGCGCCCGAAAAGCCCACCCUGGUUGCGAAACCGCCGGCGCCGCCUACACCAGCCAAGUCACCCUGGGCGCGUCUGCCGCCGGUCGACAAGAUACCUCCUGGCCAGAUGGAGGUUUUUGCACCCGCGUCGGUUCCGCGUCUCCCGCUGCGAGACCCCGUUGCUGCUCAGGGCCCACCCCCGCCUCCAGCCAAAGAGAUCGCGGCGGACGACUUCAGUCGAUCCGGCUUCCGGGAAGGCAACUCGAGUAACCAUAGCCAGCUAUACAAUUCGCAAUCCGGACGGUACGAGCCGGUAGCGGAUCGUAAAGGCUCUAGGGGCGACAUCCACAGCCGUCAACCCGCCGUACUCCAACGACCUCAUCACGAGCAGCAAGGUCCAGCUGAGCCGUCUGCUGCCUUUCAGACAAGUCGGACCGGCGGACACGAAGUCCCAUAUGGCCGGCGCCGUGGCUCUUCUAACGUGAGCGGCAGCAGCGGUAUGCUUGCUCAUAAACUCGGAAAGCCCCACGAUAUCCUACCACCUACCGAGUUUCUCCAGUCGCGAUCUGCCUCUGUCGCUACUGCGGGCGCCGAGAGUCCCCUCUCUGCCAGAACCUUUUCUCCAAUCGACAACCAGCACACGCCACGAUUCCAACCUAGUCACCCGUACCAACCACGCCCGUCCCCUGGUCAGGCCUACGCUACACCCUAUCACAAUUUGACAGCUCCCGACGCGGUGCCGCUAGAGGAUGACUACGAGAUACAGAAAAGAGUCAUGCGCGAUCGUCGCGAGCAGGCUAUCAAGAGAAGGUUGGAAGAGGAAGCUCGCGAAGAAGAGGCCCGUAAAGCCCGAAUUGCCGAGAAGCUGAAGGCGAUGGGUCCGGCUCCCGAACGUAGGAGUGCGAAAAAGGAGGAGAAGAAGGAAGAAUCCCCCGCACCGCCCGUGCAUGCUCCGCGAGAAGGUAUUCCGGCAGCCAACUCUGGAAGUACGUCAGAGCCUCAGCCCGAACCCGAGCAGUCGGCACCGAGAACCGUCGGAUCGAUCGGCCGUGAGAACCUUGGUGCUAGCAGCCAAAUCAACGGGGAUGCUAGGCGGCCUCUUGGAGAGGCUGAGAGGUCUAGGACCUCUACGGCUCAUACUACUACCGCUCCCAAGGCCCAACCCCCGGCUCACUGGCCUGACACCCCGCAGCACCCGGAGCGAUUCACGACCUGGGGCAAUGGUCCCCAAAAUACGUCGCGAAAUGUCUGGGGUGCCCCAGGGAAUGAUCGUUCUCUGGGAAACGGCACUUUCAACCCAGACUUGGGGACCUUGCCUGAUUCUCACCCAGCUCCUAUCUCAGAACGAAAUCAUCGUCCGGCGCCUAUCGGACCUCCUCGCACAACUUCGCAGCCGCCGGUGCGCCCCGAGGCGAUACCCGGCAAUCGCCUAGCUCCCAUCGGCCCCCCUCGAACCCGUGGACCCGAGCCCACUGGCUUGGGUGCGUGGCAGACCUACGAUCCUGUAGAGGACGACAGGCGAAUCGCACUCGAAAUACAAGAAUCGCGCAAGACCCGAGGCGAGCCCGCGCCGAUUGCUGUGAAGGAUACCUGGCGCGCUGUCGAUUUGAACGAGUCAGGCAAGCGCACUGUGGCCGGUCCAAGCUUCAAGACGCACGGCGAAGCCCCAUCGGACAUAUCAGACCGCCCAGACGGCACUCAUUCGGAGCGCAAAGGACUGGGGUCUUCGGAAUUCUAUCGUCCUAGGGCGGACGUGUCCAGAAACGAAACGAACGGUGCUCGGUCUGAGUUUAGCAGGCAACCGUCCGUCGGGCACACCGCUGGCGCAGUACCCGGCCCAGCAAACCAGGCUAGGAGCAGCUCGCGAUUCUUCCCCGCGCGCGACGCGCCUCCGCAUGAUUACAGCCGUAUUCAGGAGCCGAUCGUUCGGACGAAGUCUCCGACUCCACCCCCGCCCACUGCAGACGGCCACCCGGUCUUCGACGGCGACGUCACUCGCCCGCAUGUAGCCUUGCCGCCGGCUCGUCCGAUAGUGAAGCUGCCUCCGUCAAACUCGGCCGCGCCCACUCCCGUCAUACCACCCGCUAAGCCUGUACCAGCUUCAUUUGCCGCCGCUGCCGCUGCCGCCUCCGCGUCGUCCCGACCGCCUCAGCAACCGACGGCUCCGCGACCGUCGAGCAGAGGCAAGGGAUACGGAGGGAUCCCUCAGAAGCCUCACGAGAUUGCGUCUCAGGAGAACUGGCAGGACAAGAUUAACAGUCUUAUGGGGAAGAAGUCGACUCCUCCAGCUCGGUCUAUGGCCGUUGACUCGUCAAGUAGAAUUGCAUUGGACUAUACACAACAAUCAUAUGACCCCGCGACUGUCGCCUUGCCCAGUCUAUCGCAUUCUGUGAGCUCUAUAGCCACCGAGGAUAGUGACUAUACUUCCAGGGAAAUGGCCGAGGAAUGUUUCGGAGAGCAAGAGAUGGGCUCGCUCCCGGCCGUCAAGCUCCCUAGCGAAGCGCCGGAUGCGCUAUGGCAAGCCGUCGAGCCUGACUUCGACCCUGUGCCAGCCAAACUACGAGUCGAUCCCACGGGCGCCGAGUCGUUCAGGUUCCCACACGAAAUCUUGAACGGCAAGAGCGUAAUCCGUAUCUCCGCCCCGGGGAUGCCAGAGGUGAAGACAGUUCCGAUUUCGUUCGCGAACAGCAAUAGGUCUUUCAGCAACCCGCGUCGGUCCGGACCUCGGGUAAACCCCCGACGCUUGUCGAAUCGUGGCGGCCAGCGGGGGGGUAGAGAGCACCCAGACCACGUAAACGAACACGCCUCGUCGUCUUCGCCCGGCCGGCCCCCUCCCAGCCGCAACGGACGCGGGUAUAGACCUCGGGCAGAGAACUGGGGUCGACACCCCUCGUCCACCUCAGCAGCGCAGUCGUAAAUACGGAGGCAAUUGGCGGAUGCGGAUACUGCUGCUAAGUGACGGAGCACCUACACGGGCUCGGUCGCGCUCUACUUGGGAGUCUUGGUCUGACCCGCCCCCGACCUGUAUACUCUUACAAACCACCGUCGGAACCGUGACUUGACGUUGCGGCUUCUAUUCAUAUAUUGCUGUCAUUGCGGGUAGUAAUCAGCCAGGAUGACGGCGUGUACAACAAAUUGCCAAUGCA